AACAACUGGUCGCCAGAUACAUGGACCUGGGUGGUAACUUAACGGGACCCUUGCUCCAGCAAAUCGGGGGCGAAGCACUGUGCGACCUGUCUGAUGAGCAGAUUAAAAGAAUAAGCCCAGAAGCAAUCGGGAGCGCUGGAAAAUUAGACAUUUCUUCCUGUUCACAAGCCAAGAAAGACCAGCUCUAUGCCAAAGCCCGUGAUGCAUUUGCUAGCCAGAAAGGAACCAGUGCUUAUUACCCUUUAAUCCAACCCUAUCUAGGUGGGGCUCCAGUGAAGGACCUGGAAGACCUGGCCAAAUCUGACGUUGCCAUGGAUAUCAACACCUUUACUGCCUUAAAUCCUGACGAGCUGCAGAAACUCAGCAUCCAGGACGUGAAGAAUUUGCUGGGUGUAAACCUUCCCUCUCUAAAGCAAGCUGAAAAUCAUCCAGCCGUGGCCAACUGGACCAAGACUCAGUACCAGUCAGCCCUGGACAGGAUCCUGGGAAUUGGUCUGCAGGGUGGGAUGCCAGAUCCAAUCUCAGCAGCAACAAGCAUCCCUAGUAUUUUAAUCCCUAAUGACACCACUACCCCACCAGCUACCUCCUUCAAUACCACUGCCCCAACCGCUACCACCCCCAGCACCAGUGUCUCAAGAGCAGUCAUCAACCCCACGGCCUUCAUCCAUAACGCCACCACCCCGCCUCCUGCUAGCAACCAAACUCUUACUGCCCCCAGCACCACCCCAGCUACUACCACCAUCCCCGACACCAACACCCCAACUGCCAUGAUCAACCAAACUGCCAGCACCCCCAAGACGACCACACCAGCUGCUGUUAUCAACCAAACAGCCAACACCCCCACGCCAACAGCCAUUAUGCACCACUCCAUCAACACCACCACCCCAGCUGCCAACACCCGCAACCCCACCACGACUGCUAUUAUUGACCAUGCUGCCAACAUCACCACUCCAAAUCUGGUCAUCAGUGAAGCGGUCACUGCCUCUAACACCACCUCUGUUACUGCAACUGCUGUGAACACCCCCAGUGCCACCAUCCCAAGUGCCGUUGCCUCUAAUGUCACCACCUUGACCCCCAACACCACCACUCCUGGUGCCCACAUUGCUAACAUCACUUCUAACACUAUCACUGCAGCUCCUGUUGAUACUACUGCCAUCACCCACAACACAUCUACCCAUCACCCGUCACCCAUCAUGCCCACUUCCCCCACAACCACCUCAAAUGUCACCGCUCCACUUCCCAUUAUCUUCACAUUCACUACUAGCACCACACCAUUGACUGUCAAGGGAACCAUUACCUCAACAGUGGCCAGUCCCACCACCCCUAGAAACACUGCCCACCCCCCAACAACUGCCAUGACAUCUGCCACAACCACGGUCACCACCCCAAGGCCCAAUAAGACAACGUCAACCAAGACAACACAGCCAACAAAGCCAACACCCGUGGGAUUCAUCAAUCUUAAACCGGUAACGACAUCAAGAGCGAACCUGUCUUUCAGCCUGCUGCACAUGCUGUCCUUGACUGUUGGGAUCUUCUUGCUGAGAAGGUUUCUCUAAUGCCACCAGCACAUACAUGGCCUUUACAGUAUUCCUCCUCUCAUUUUUCACUUGCCCCCAAAUGGCUGAGAUGCAGGCAUCAUAUUCCCUCCCAGGUAGCAGAGACCCCACUUUGCAGCACAUGUGGGAGCUACAUGAAGCUGCUAGGACCACGUUCCCUGGAGGCAGUGCAAUGAUCCUGGUGGGACAAUUAGAUAUUAAGAUGUCACUACUGUUGCUCAGACUUUUAGAAUAAGUUUCUCAUUCAAAGGACAGAGCUGUACGCAAGGACCUGGAGCGGCAGCUGCAAACUACUUUGGAUGUACAUGCUUCAGGAGCAUUUGCUCUGUCCCUCCGAUGGAUUCAAACAGCUUUCUCUCAGCAGAAGGCCUAAGCUAAAUCCUCCCUAAGGAGCAGUGUCUGCCCGUGCAUCCAUUCAGUAUAGUAAAAUCCAAAUGAUCCAUGGGGUUAGGCGCCUCCAUACCUACUAUGAUGAGAGCGUGCAAACCAACUGGGCCUCCAAACAGCUGUGGAGGUCCACCAACAUGCCUCUAAUGACCAAAAAAGUAGUAUCCUUGGCAGGAGAAUCUGUUGAAAUGGCUGCAUGACUGAGGUCUAAUGCCCCCAUUACAACCAACACUUUCUUGGGUCUUUUAUCGCCUGGGGACCAGUGCCAUGCUAUGGAUAAUUGGCCCUUAUUCACAUUCCAGAUUCAGUUCCAAAAUACUUCCAGCCCGUGACACCUGAAAAUACACGGCACCUCCAUAUGAUCAAAAAAUGAUGAAGAGCCAUUAGUAGUACCAUCGUUUGAUUUGGUGGUGACAGUAGACCCAAUUCUGCCCCACAUAGGCCCAUCAAGUAGUACCAUACUCGUUACCAGCCCCAGUGGAUUCAUCUCAGCUGAACUUGGUUUCACUGCCAGGGUUUAAAGGUAUCGAUUGCUGUUGGAGGAUCAGAGUUUGGUCCGCUCUUCUUGAGUCGUGUAGUGUAGCUGGCGGUAGGUUCCUCUAGAAAUCUGGUUGCUGCCUUCACCCUGCUUUACUUUGGUUGUAGGAGAGGUCUCCAGAUUGAGAUUUGUUCCAGCCAUGCCAAAGUCAUUUAUGGAAAACAGGGUAUGUGGGUCAUCACGCUAAUGCUACAUAACGAACAUCAAAGUCUUUUUAUUUUCCCCAGAUGGUCGUUGGUGCGUAUAGUUCUGUCUUU